CUUUGCUACUCCACCUCUUUACCACACUUUAAUUCAUCAAUAGGUGUUUUCCUUUGGGACUCAAAAUCACCAUGGGCGCAUUCAAACUUGGUCUCCUUCUUGCACUUGUCUUUGCUUUCAUAUUAUUUUCAAAUCCAGUGCUGAGUAAUGAUAAGGAGGACAGUGUAUUUAAGGGAAUCAAUAGCUACAGACAGACAAAGAACCUGCCACCCCUGAAUCGAGUUCCCAAGGCAACUUGUUUGGCUGAUGAAGUUGCAGAUGAAAUAGAGGACAUGCCCUGUCAAAAUGUUAAUCAAUUCUACCCUUCAUCUGUUCCUGGUGGGAACCUCAAGAUCCCAAACUUGCAGAAGCAUAUAGACAAAUGUGACAUCAACAUUAACACCACCACUGAUGGGGUCAUUCUCCCCGUUUGUGUCUCCAAAUUGGAACCAACCAUUGUGCUUUCAAAUUACACUCACUCUGAUCAAUAUGCACAGUUUCUCAACAACUCAAAGUACACUGGGGCAGGGCUUGGUUCUGAGGAUGAUUGGAUGGUUCUUGUUCUCACCACCAACACUACCACGGGAAGUUUCACUGCUUCAACUUCUGUGCAUGCUACUGUUGCUUCUGUGAAGCUUUUGUUCUUGGCUUUCAUGCUUGUGCUCAUCAACUACUAUUGAGCACUUUGGUCUUUCUUCUAUGCUUCAUUGUGUGAACACUUUUAUUUUGUACCUCCUUUUGUGUAAAUGUAGUGUGAACUUCAUUAGCAGUUAAUUUGUGUGUUGUUAUUUAUCUAGUUUUUCUCUAGUUCCA